UGUUGCGUGAUUAAGCUAUAUUUACUUUUUAAAUCUGAGCAGCUGGUCUGGAGGGCGGGGUAUUCGGAAAGUGCUGCUCGGAUUGGGGCGCUCGAUAGGGGGAAGAGAUGGCGUGCUUGUUGGAGGCCCCUCUCCGCAUCAGCGUGUUAUCUGAGGUCACGGCCACCAGCCGCCAUUAUGUUGACCGGCUGUUCCACCCCGAUCCACAGAAAGUGCUGCAGGGAGUCAUUGACAUGAAGAAUGCUGUCAUCGGAAACAACAAACAGAAAGCCAACCUGAUUGUCCUGGGAGCUGUGCCCAGGUUACUGUACCUGCUCCAGCAGGGCUUAUCCAGCUCUGAGCUGAGGACAGAGGUGUUGGGCUCAGAACUGAGGACAGAGGGUGCGGUGGUGCUGAGGACAGAGGUGCUGGGCUCAGAACUGAGGACAGAGGGUGUGGUGGUACUGGGCUCAGAUCUGAGGACAGAGUGUGUGGUGUUGCUGGGCUCAGAACUGAGGACAAAGGGUGCGGUGGUGCUGAGGACAGAGUGUGUGGUGGUACUGGGCAGUCUGGCCAUGGGCACAGAGAACAACAUCAAGUCCCUGGUGGACUGUCACAUCAUCCCUGCUCUGCUGCAAGGUCUGGUAUGUCCAGACCUGGUCUUCAUCGAGGCUUGUCUUCGCUGCCUCAGGACAGUCUUCAUCAGUCCAGUCACCCCAGUGCAGCUGCUCUACACUGACCCCACUGUGAUUCCCCACUUGAUGUCCCUGCUGACUCGGUCUCCGCGGACGCAGGACUACAUCACCCAGAUCUUCUCCCACUGCUGCAAGAGUCCAGAGCAUCAGACGGUUCUGUUUAACCACGGGGCAAUCCAGAACAUUGCUCCCAUGCUCAUCUCUCUCUCCUAUAAGGUACGUAUGCAGGCAUUAAAAUGCUUCUCAGUCCUGGCCUAUGAGAACACUCAGGUCUCCAUGACAUUGGUGAAUGUGCUGGUUGAUGGGGAUCUGCUCUCUCAGGUGUUUGUCAGAAUGUUGCAAAGGGAUCUGCCCAUUGAAAUGCAGCUCACAGCAGCCAAGUGUCUAACAUACAUGUGUCGAGCGGGAGCCAUCAGAACAGAUGACAGGUGCAUUGUUUUAAAGACCCUGCCGUGCCUGGUGAGGAUGUGCAGUAAGGAGCGUCUGUUGGAGGAGCGUGUGGAGGGGGCAGAGACCCUGGCCUACCUGAUGGAGCCCGAUGUGGAGCUGCAGAGGAUCGCCAGUGUAACCGACCACCUAGUGGCCAUGCUGGCUGACUACUUCAAAUACCCCAGCUCUGUCAGCGCCAUCACUGACAUCAAGAGGUUGGAUCACGACCUGAAGCACGCACAUGAGCUGAGGCAAGCUGCCUUCAAGCUGUACGCCUCACUGGGCUCCAACGAUGAAGACAUCCGCAAGAAGAUCACAGAGACCGAGAACAUGAUGGACAGGAUAGUGAGCGGCCUGUCAGAAUCCAGCAUCAAGGUGCGGCUAGCAGCCGUCAGGUGUCUUCACAGUCUGUCCCGGUCAGUCCAGCAGUUGAGGACUAGUUUUCACGACCACGCAGUAUGGAAACCCCUUAUGAAGUUGUUACAGAACGCUCCAGACGAGGUGCUGGUCAUGGCCUCUUCUACACUAUGCAAUCUGCUGCUGGAGUUCUCCCCCAGCAAAGAGCCUAUCCUGGAGUCAGGGGUGGUAGAGUUACUGUGCAGUCUGACCCAGAGUGACAGUCCAGCCCUGAGGGUCAACGGCAUUUGGGCUCUCAUGAACAUGGCGUUCCAGGCAGACCAGAAGGUGAAAGGGGAGAUUGUGAGAGCUUUGGGGACGGAGCAGCUUUUCCGUCUGCUCUCUGACCCGGACACUAACGUCCUGAUGAAGACCUUGGGCCUGUUACGGAACCUGCUCUCCACACGACCUCACAUAGACCAGAUCAUGAGUUCCCAUGGGAAGCAGAUCAUGCAGGCGGUCACUCUGAUCCUGGAGGGGGAACACAGCAUCGAGGUCAAGGAGCAGACACUCUGCAUCCUAGCCAAUAUUGCCGAUGGCAACACAGCCAAGGAACUCAUCAUGACCAAUGACGACAUCCUCCAGAAAAUCAAAUAUUCCAUGGGUCACUCUAAUGCGAAGCUCCAGCUGGCAGCAACAUUCUGUAUCUCCAACCUGAUCUGGAAUGAGGAGGGCAGUGAGGCCGAUGCCAUGACAGGCUGCCAGGAGCGUCAGGACAAGCUGAGGGAGUUGGGCUUUGUAGACAUUCUGCACAAACUCACCCAGGCCUUAGACCCCAACCUCUGUGAAAGGGCGAAAACAGCGAUGCAGCAUUAUCUGGCGUGACCCCACGGGGGCAGUCUCAGAUGUUGUUUCCCCUAACAACACAACUAACAAACCAACCGCCUGCCAGGAGGAGACCUGCCUCCUUGCUGCCAUUGUUUUGUUCUGAUCUCCUUCACUUUAAUCUUCCGUUUUUGUUUGGUUGCACAAAAAACACCUUUUGAGCUGCAGAGGCAGAGCCCCCUGCCACCUCAUCACCCCAAUACUGACCUCCAUCCCAGCCGGAGACUUUAAGACUCGGUUGGAUGGGGAAACGAGUGCUUGCUGCUCACCAAGGUUUCAUUAUUAUAAUAAUUUUUUUAUUCAAAAAGGGGAAGAUUUUGUUUUUGCUUCUUGGACUUGAUGUGAAGAAAGAAAGGAUUAGUAAUGUGCAGCACAGCAGCCAGCCAUCGCAGCACAACGCCACCUUGUGGCCAGGAGGCCUUGGUGCUUUUGGACUCGUUAUGGAGGAGAUGGACAGAAAGACGUCACAGAGCAGGACUAAAGGUUCUGACGGACUAAAGGUUCUGACGGAGAGGGCAGGGUUGUGGGAGCAUCACUUCCUCUUGCUUUAAUGUAGCUAAUUAUUCAAAUGGCUUUAUGUCACGAGAGGACACGUUUGGGUAAAAAAGACUGUUAAUUUUUAAAUGUGUGGUGGUUUCUUUUUUUGUGUGUAUACAUACCUCGUAAAUAUAUAUAAACAUAUAAAUAUAUUUUUGGGAUUUUU